UCAUGGGGUCCCCGGGCAAUGGGGGAUCAUGGGGCCCCUGUAUCCUUGCCCAAACUCAAAAAAGUCUAUGAAAAAGUUACCAGGGGCAUCUCAUGGGGCCCCCUACUGACCCUGGGCCCUUGGGCAGUGCCAGAGUUUCCAAAUGGUCAGUCCGCCCCUGCUGGUGACUUAAGUACGACUUAGGUGCAACUUGAUGCAUGACUUUCAUGGAAUGCGACUUUGCCUGGAUAAUCUUCCUGCAUUUUUAAAUUUUGGAAACAGCGAUAAAGUCAUAUGAUGUAAUAAUAAAGUGUUGUGCUACUCAAUAAAA